ACAUUUGGUUGGACAAAGUACGUCUGUAUCGUCAAAGAAGAAAUGCAGUUUCAGAAUAAAUUGCUCAAGAGUAAAUCGAAUAAGCCGAACGGCAUUAAUAAAAUCGUCUAUCACACCGGGAGGGUAUUUGACGAAGUUUCAAAUACCGAACAGUUGAUUUUGAUGAAAGAGGUAGCUUUUGUCGGCUUUAAUUGCGUUAAAAUACCGAAACACUUAUUAAAAAAAGACUCUGCUUAUUUGGUUAGGAAACUGGAUUUAAGUUGUAAUAAUCUAACAUCUCUACGUGACCUUGAAUCUUUAGUCAAUCUUCAAGAGUUAAUAGUCGAUUCAAACGAACUUGGACAAGACGAUUCGUUAAAUCUACCUUGGAUGCCUCGUCUACAGAUUCUCAGCUUGAACAAGAAUAACAUCUCCAAUCUUCAAACUCUCCUGGAAGAACUCUCGCAAAAAUGUCCUGCCUUAACUUAUCUCAGCUUAAUAGGAAAUCCAACUUGCCCCUUAGAUAAAUUAUUUAAAGAUAGAAAAAAAGAACUUUAUAGAUACGAAAUUCUACAUACUCUACCAAAUCUGAGAUUUCUUGAUUCAACGGCAGUUACUUGGCAAGAGAGAUAUAAUGCCGUUACUUUCUGUGGUAUAUGGAGAAAGAGGAAUGAAAGUAGAUUAAGUAGAGGAUCAAACAGUGAAGACUCUGGAUUUUGUAAAUCAGCUUCUUGCACAUCAUUUGAUAUUUCAACAUAUGGUUAA